AUGCGACAUCUCGACCGGGUUAUGAGGGCGGGCAUGGUGAUCCAAGCUCAAAAGCUCAAAGCCACCCAGUCCAGCCCCUCAUUGUCCGUCUCGUCCUAUGUCUUCCGGAGGCACUCGUCCCAAGUGGUUGGGACAACGACACUCUAUGAAGAUGGUGAAUUAAGGUUUAUUCCGAUGCCAACCCCGGAUCCAAAAGACCCAUUAAACCUGCCGACCUGGCGAAAGUGGUUCGCGAUAGGCACAAUCUGUUUCUUCGGCUCUCUUGGACUCGCCUCCGAAAUCGUAAUAGGGAGUCUCCUCCCGGUGUUCCUCCUUGAGUACUCAGGCGUGGACCCGCGGGUACUCAACAAGAUCGAUUUUGUCAAGAAGAGCGGCGGACAGACCCUUGGCGUCCACCCUUUGUCGGUAAUACCACCUGGAGUUGAACCAGUGGCGAUCGGGAAGGUGGCUCUACUAGCCACAAUCCCCCUUCUCAGCAACGGUAUCGCAAGCUACUUCCUUGUGCCUUUGUCCAUUGCCCUGGGCCGUCGGCCCGUACUCUUGUUCGCUGCUACCUGUGCGUGGGCCGGAGGCAUUUGGGCUGGUCUAAGCACUUCACUGGAGACGCACUUGGCAGCGCGUAGCCUUCAAGGUCUUGGGGUUGGUGCCGUCGAAGCUUUGAUACCCCUCAUUGUCCAGGACAUGGUCUUCAUUCACCAGCGCAACAGGGCCAUGUCGGUAGUGGUGUCGGGCCAAGGCAUCGUCAUUAUCGCUCUUGGCAUUGCCGCUCCUUAUAUCGCGGUUAAUCACACUUGGAGGGAGGAGCUCAGUGGUGCGAGGAUAUAUCCCAUCCCCGAAGGGGCCAGUCGGCCUGAUCUUGACUUUGAGACGUAUGGCAAGAGGACUCUGUGGUCAGAUUUCGGCGUCUUCCAGAUGGGCUUUGAUUUCAAGGCUGCAGGACUUUCCAUGCUCAACACCGUUCGCACUACUUUCUUUCCGACUGUGCUGUGGUGCGUCUUGACCAACAGCAUAUUCAUCAUCACCAACCAGGCCACGCAUCAGAUUACCUCCUUUGCGCUCCUCGCACACGGCUGGCAAUUUCAAUAUACGGGCUUGUCCGUCUUGCCAUUCUUUGCCGCGGCCAUCCUCGUUUUCUUGCUCGGGGGCCGGUUGCGGAUCGGGUGUCGAAUUCCGUAA